GAAACAACAUGCAUUUCAACCCUGUAUCGUAAAAAUGACGGAACUCAACUCCGAUUCAAGUACGGAAACUUGUAUUUUCUGUUUAAUAGCCAAUGACCAAGACCAUAACACGGAAGUUAUCAAAGCGAACAAGGAGCUGGUGUGUUUCAGAGACAUCGUCCCGGCUGCUCCUCACCAUUACCUGGUUGUACCCAAAGAACACAUACCCGACUGCCUCUCGCUGCACGCAGGACACGUGGACCUCGUUAAAAUGAUGGCUAAAAUGGGGACGGCUGUACUACACGACCAAGGGGUCUCUGAUAUGAAGGACAUAAGCCUGGGGUUCCACCAACCUCCCUACACUUCAGUUGCUCACCUCCACCUCCAUGUCCUCGCCCCCGCCAGCCAAAUCUACAAGGAUGUGGAGUAUAAAUUUAUUCCAAAUUCCUACAGGUUUGUUACUGAAAAAUGUCUUCGGGAGAAACUGAAGCAUAAUCCUUCACCGGUCAAAGAUUCUCGCUGUUGGACACUAUGAGACACUAUAGCGAUGACAACGUUAUAUGCUGUUGUCUGGGAAGAACAUUAUCUGGAAGUUGUUGCAUUGAGAUGUCACUGUAAACAGCUGUCUACACACAGUUUGUUGUGGACUUUGUGUGAACAAAAGUAUAUUAAGUCUCACGUUGACACUUUGCAAAAUGAAUUGUACUUUCAUGGUCAGUGAUCUGUGAAAAAAAUGGAUUGACUCCAUUGAACACCACAGAUCUGUGUAUAUGGGUUUGUUGUGAUUUUUCUUUAAAUACAAUUUUUGCCUAAA